AUGGCAACGCCGCAGUGCAGCUCCAGGCAGAGCAGCUCUCUUUCGUCUUCACCCAGCAGGCAAGUAGAAGGCAGUAGCCGCCUGCAGUGCCUGCAGGUGGACUCGGUCCAACGCUGGAUGGAAGACCUCCGUCACAUGACAGAGGUAGAGUGCAUGUGCGUUCUGCAGGCCAAGCCCAUCGAGGUCGAGGAUGAUAUCCAGCAGGCCGAGCUGAUUGUGUCCGCUGCGGCGGGCACAGCGGCGGGGGAUCAUGUGGCACGCAACAACCUUCAGACACUUCUGCGAAGGGCCCUAGUGGUCAGCACUGAGCUGGGAAAGAUGUUCCAGCGACUGGAGAAGGGACGCUGGCAAAGGGUCCACAGCACAGCGGUGCGGGCAAACUGCCACGUGCGCUCCUUAGUCCACGAGUACAGUGCGGCACGCAGUACCCCGCCUGAGAUGCAGAAGUUUGAGACAUCUCUCCUGGAGAAGUGCAUGGAGCUGACGAAUAUCACUGAGAGGUGCCUACACACCGAAGACGAGUUUUUCUUGAAGUCCAUGAGGGAUGCCAUCCACGAGAUCCUGACUGAUGUUAGUGAUUCGUUCAGCAACAUGAUUGACUUGGCAUUAGCCAAUGAGAUCCAGGUUCUGAUCAAACAGAUUGAAUCUUCAGACAAUGUCCAAACUAUCAGCAGUGCCAUCAGUAACCUGCUGUCCCUAACCCAGGACGGGCCACAGCUCUGCAGCAUUAUAGCCAAGGAGGGAGCGGUGGUGUCGCUGUUUAAGAUUUGCCGCCAGGAUCGCUUCCAAGACCUCUACGCUCACGCUUUAAGAACCGUGGCCUCCAUUUGCUGUGUGGAGGAGGGCAUCAAGCAGCUGGAUAAGGUUGACGGCAUCCUGUGCCUGGCGGACAUAUUGACAGACAACGGCAGCGCGGAGGCAGCGAGGGCCGAGGCGGCGGCAGUAGUGGCGCAGAUCACCUCACCGCACCACACGUCCACACAGCACCUGGCCAGCUUUCUGGAGAGCAUGCAUGACAUCGUCACUGCACUCAUCAACCUGUGCGAGAGCGCCUCCUGUGGCGAGGUCUUCCUGCUGGCUUCUGCAGCCCUGGCCAACAUCACCUUCUUCGACAGCAUGGCCUGUGAGAUCCUGCUGCAGCUCAACGCUAUUCAUAUCUUGUUGCAGGCCUGCAAGGACCGCCAGCGGGUGGACACGCCCUACUCCAAGGAUCAGGUGGUGACCAUCUUAGCGAACCUCUCUGUCUUGGAGCAGUGCGCAAGUGAAGUCCUACAGGAGCAAGGCGUGGAGCGACUGCUGCUGCUUUUAGGUGAGAGGCCGUCCUCCUCUAGUCCUUCUGAGGGUGCAGCCUGCGAGCGUGUGCAGCAGAAGGCCGCUGUCACACUCGCGCGCCUUAGCCGGGACUCUGACUUGGCACAGGCUGCCAUCCAGCUCAAUGCCGUUCCUCGCCUCAUCGAGCUGUGCCGAUCCCCGACAGAGCGGAAUAACAGUGACUCUGUUUUGGUCGCUUGCCUGGCGGCCUUGAGAAGGCUGGCGUCUGGAUGUCCGGAAAGCAUCGAAGCCGCCGACCAUCAGCAGUUAAUCAAACCACGGCUGGUGGACUCCUUUCUAUUGUGUUCCAACAUGGAAGAGAGCUUUGUGUGA